UAUCUGGACUCCAAGGCGAGCCUCGCAGACGGCCGCCGCAUCGCGGUGGAGCACGCGGCAGAGAGUCCGACGCUGCAGGAGAUCGCCGAGGUGCUUGAGCACCUGGGCUACACGCCAGCCCUCGAGGACAAGCGGUAUCCGCGCAACGCGCUCGCGCGCGGCCGGGUGCGCGUCAAUCUGAAGGACGCGCCGACGGGGGAGCUGACG